AUGCGCUCGCUCGCGUUCGCGCUGGCCCUCGCCGCUGUUCCAGCCUCGGCGUGGGUCCUCACCGGCGGCGGGUCGUCUACCGCUGGCUGCGACGCGAAGGGCGACAUCGACAGCUUGUACGACAGGAUUGUCCUCUGGCCGCUGUCGGAGCCCGACCCGCCAGAAGAGGUCACAACAAAAGGCCUCAACGGUGGGCUAACCUAUGCGAUCCACCCGCAGUUCUGCGAGCGGAUGCUUCCGCGCUUUCCGGAGGAGGACUUUGAGUCGAUCGAGAACAUCUUUGGCUUCUCGUUUCUCGACUGCGACCGCAUCCGCAAGGCGGUCGCCGAGGCCUUCAACACCUGGGCGAUCAAUCACAAGUACCUCCACUUUGAGGACGUCACCGCAGCGUGCUGGAAGAGCUGGGAGGCUGCUGGAUCACCAAGCUGUGAGAGCUCGCCUAAAGACGCAACAUGGCAGGACGUCCUGCCUAAAGACGCAACAUGCGAGUGCCCGAACGCCGAGCUCCUGAUCACAACGAACGACUUGUGGACAGCGGACAGAGAUGACCCAUCGAUCAGCCAAGGCGAUUAUGCGGCCUUUGUCAUAAACGGCAAGCUGGGUCUAGACUCGGCGGGUGAAACACCCUUGAAGACGCGCUUGACGUCGGGCGCGGUUAUUCCUGGGUCCCAACGCGGGCUGCAGCGCUCGGAGAUGACGGUCAGCACCGAGCUCUGCUGGUACCUCGAUACCACCUUCUGCUACCAGUUCCACUCGAUGAACGACGCCGGGUGGGACGUCGUCCUCUUCAUGCGCAUUGUCGUCACCGUCGUCUCCAUCGCGUGCGCCGGCAUCUUUUGCACCAUCCUCACAGCCGGCCUCCGGAACGCGCUGUGCCCGUCGCAGGGGACGCGCGCGGAGUCAUCUGUCAAGAAGGUCUUUGGCCGGCGCACCGAUGCUGUCCUCCUCUUCCUCGCGCGUACGCCGCUCUUCUGCCUCCUCUUCUCGCUCUUCUGGCUGAUUGCUGCGCCCGUCUUCUACUUCACCAUCUUCCUCCCCUGCUGGGACUGCUACGACUUCAAGGCGACCCUCGCGCACGAGGUUGGGCACGUGCUUGGCUUCGACCACCCGGACGAGACCGACUGCGGCGGCGAUUGCGUCCUUAGCGCACGCAACCUGCAAACCAAGGCGGAAAUCGUCAUGGGCGAUAGCGCGUGCAAUAUGCCCCUCAGUGAAACCACCAUCGAGUGGAUUCCGAACUCGGACAGAAAGGACUGCUCGAACCUCCCAGACGGAGACCCGCACGACUCGAUCAUGUUUUCGGUGACCAAGCACCGAUCCCGCACCUGCCUCACCGCCGACGACCUCGAGGGCCUCAACUUUUUGUACCCUCUCUGCGGCGACGAGGCCUUGACCGAGCCGGAGUGCCUCGAGUCGCUCGAGCUCUCGGGGUACCUUCGCUUCACGCUCGCCAUCGGCAUGCCCUACGCGCUCUCCACGAUCAUUCUCUGCCUGCUGCAGUGCUGCGUCUCGGCGUACAUGAGGCGCCGCACUCGACACUACGAGCAGGCCGUCUCCAGGCUGCGACGCGACAAGUCCGACAUGCGGCGGGAGAACGCGAAGCUCAAGCUGCGGCUGUCCCAGAUCGAGACGGGCGAGGAGCCCGCCCCGCGACACAAGAUCUUCGGCGCCUUUGGGAGGAGCUCGCGCUCCAUCAUCAGUUCCCUCUUCACGCCGCGCCGCGCGCACACCCCAAACGCGUCGCCCUCCAAGCAAGAGCCGGUCGCAAGCACCCCCCUCGACAGCCCGACUGGCGAGGUGGACGCCGAGGACCUUGAGCGCAUGUCGAUGGUGCGCGAGUCGGUCAGCGAGGCACACGCUCGCUUCUCGACCGCCUCGCAGGAUGUGUCGGCGCGCAGCAGCACGCGCCGCAGCUUCUCAGGCAUGCCCUCGAGUGAUAGCGGACUUCGCGUGGACGGGACGCCUCGCGGCGGCUCCGACUCGCCGGCUCUGCAAGCGAUCGCGAUCGAUGCCUCGCCCUGGCUGGCCAAGGACUAG